GCUCGGCUCGCCGCCUUCACAUCGCCUCCCUUCCUUCCUUCUUCUUCGUCCAUCCCCACCCCCCGAUUAAAACCCUCUCCAGAACAUUUUGAAGCCCGGAGCAGCAGGGAGCCACCACCACCACCACCACCACCGCCACCCAUGGCGAGCGGCGGCGGCGAGGCUUCGGUGGCCGGGGGAGGGAAGGUUUCGUGCGCGGCGUGGAUCCGACGCCGGGAGGAGAAGGCGGCGGCGCGCGUCUUCGCGACGUACGGCCGGGCGGGGGCGGCCGGCUCCCCGCCCGCGAUCGAGGUGCUCGGCUUCGACUCCAAGGAGUGCUACCUCACCGCCGAGCCCCUGGCGAGGGCCGUGCUCGGGGAGGGCGUCCCGGGCGACGCGCCGCGUGGCAUCGCAGUGCACCCUGCCGGCGACGAGCUCGUCUGCGCAACGGCCAAGGGUUGCAGGUUAUUCAAACUGGUUUUUGAAGAGUUCACCGUUCGCAUUAUUCCAAGAGAUGCUCUACCUCUUGAAUCUGUUGGGCCACAGAAGUGUCUUGCUUUCAGCACAGAUGGCGCCAAAUUUGCCAUUGGUGGAGAGGAUGGACAUCUCAGGAUAUUCCAUUGGCCAAGCAUGAAUGUGCUCUUGGAUGAACCUAAAGCUCAUAAGUCCUUUCGAGACAUGGAUAUCAGCUUAGACUCAGAGUUUUUAGUUUCAACGUCCACUGAUGGAUCUGCAAGAAUAUGGAAGAUAGAUGAAGGGGUACCGCUGGUCAAUUUGACUCGAUCUUCGGAUGAGAAGAUCGAGUGUUGCCGAUUUUCUAGGGAUGGGAUGAAACCAUUCCUGUUUUGCACAAUUGCAAAAGGUUCCAAUGUUGUUACUGUUGUCUGGAACAUAAGUGAUUGGAAGAGAAUUGGGUACAAAAGACUUCUGGGAAAGCCUAUCUCCACACUUUCGGUUAGCAUGGAUGGAAAAUAUUUGGCUUUAGGAAGCCAUGACGGUGACUUCUGUGCUAUCGAUGUAAAGAAAAUGGAAGUUUCUCACUGGAGCAAGAAGGUUCAUCUAGGCUCCCCGAUCUCCUCCAUCGAAUUUUGUCCUACUGAAAGGGUCGUAAUCUCCACGUCGCAUCAAUGGGGAGCAGAGCUAACCAAACUGAACGUGCCUGCUGACUGGAAAGAAUGGCAACUCUGGCUCGUACUCCUGGCGCUCUUCCUGGCGUCGGCCAUCGUGUUCUAUGUGUUCUACCAGCGCUCAGACUCCUUCUGGAAGCUCCCCAUGGGGCAGCACCAGCCGGCCAAGCUGUGGAGCGUGCUGAAGGAGUCUCCUCCAGUCCCGGAGGACCAGACCCCGUGGUGAUCUACACACGUUGAAUCACAACAAUUCCAUUUCAAAGCUGUCCACUGAUGUUUAUUUCAUCUCAAAUGGGUUCCUUUUGUUUUCCCCACGUAUGGUCGAUGUUACUCCAGUUGUCCACUGAUCUGAGUGCGUUCGUUUUAAACCACGGUCUGCGGUAGUUAAGAACCAAAGGAUUGUAAGUGUGGAUUUUAUGUACAUGGGACCUGCAAUGUGAUUCUGGAUUCUGAUAUUGCCAAGCAGAGCUGAUUAUUA